AUGCCGCGCCGCCCCGCCGCGGACCGCCUCGCGCACCUCCCCGCCGCGCUCGCAGGCUUCGUCCGUGCGCGCGCUGCGGGGUCUGCCUCCGCGUGGUGCCGGUUCUCUUACGGCAACGCGCUGGCCGCCUGUGCCGCCGCCUCCGCGCAGUUGGUCUUCGCGGAGCAGCUCUACUGCGCAGCCUGGAAGGAUGGGCUCUCGCGGGACGCGUACAUCUGCAGCACCAUGGUGGACCUGCUCGCCAAGCACGGCCGCCUGGGCGAUGCGCUGCGGGCGUUCGAGGACGGGGAUCGCGGAAGCGCGGUCUGCUGGAACACGGUUAUCUCCGGGGCGGCGCGCAACGGUGAACACGCGCUCGGAGUCGAGAUGUUCCGCGACAUGGUGAGGAGUUCCUCCUGCGAGCCCAACUCGUUCACGUAUUCUGGGGCGCUCAGCGCGUGCGCGGCUGGUGCAGAGUUGGGGGUUGGCAGGGCGGUGCAUGGGAUGGUGCUCCGGCGUGAUCCCGAGUACGAUGUCUUCGUUGGGACAUCCAUCGUUAACAUGUAUGUGAAAUGUGGUCAGAUGGGGGCUGCCAUGAAUGAGUUCUGGAGGAUGCCAAUCCGGAAUGUGGUUUCCUGGACAACUGCGAUUGCUGGUUUCGUGCAAGAGGAGGACCCAGUAAGUGCAAUGCUGCUGCUUACGGAAAUGAUGCGGAGUGGUGUGGCAAUCAACAAGUACACGGCUACGAGCAUAUUGCUCGCCUGCUGUCAGAUGUCCAUGAUACGGGAGGCUAACCAGGUGCACGGCAUGAUUAUGAAGACUGAGCUGUACUUGGAUCAUGUUGUCAAGGAGGCUUUGAUUUCCACAUAUGCAAAUGUUGGGGCUGUUCAGCUGUGUGAGAAGGUGUUUCAAGAAGUUGGCACAGUUAACAACAGAAGCAUCUGGUCGGCUUUCAUAUCUGGGGUUAGCAGGCAUAGCCUACAAAGAUCAAUUCAGCUGUUAAGGAGGAUGUUAUGUCAGGGCCUAAGACCGAAUGACAAAUGCUACGCUUCUGUUUUCAGCUCUGUUGACUCAUCUGAGCUUGGCAGACAGCUGCAUUCAUUGGUCAUAAAAGAUGGGUUUAUUCAUGCUGUUCUUGUGGCAAGUGCGCUCUCCACCAUGUACUCCAGAUGUAAGGAUUUGAAGGAUAGCUACAAGGUUUUUGAAGAGAUGCAGGAACGGGAUGAAGUGUCAUGGACAUCAAUGGUUGCUGGUUUUGCAACACAUGCCUGCAAUAUACCGGAGUGUUUGCUCAAAGGGAAGGAAGUUCAUGGACAUGUCCUUCGUGCCUAUGGAGGAACCACGUCCAUUAACCAUUGCCUUGUUUCCAUGUAUUCCAAAUGUAAAGAUGUACAAACAGCUCGGAGACUUUUUGACGCAACUCCAUGCAAAGACCAGAUCAUGCUAUCUUCAAUGAUAUCUGGAUAUGCUAUUAAUGGUUAUAGUGAGGAGGCAAUCUCAUUGUUUCAGCUUAUGUUGGCAGCUGGUUUUCAUAUAGAUAGGUUUUUAUGCUCAUCUAUUAUUAGCAUCUGUGCUGACAUGGCACCAUUCUAUGGUAAACUGUUACACGGGUAUUCAGCCAAAGUAGGCAUACUGUCUGAUCUAUCUGUGAGCAGUUCACUUGUGAAGUUAUACUCCAAAAGUGGCAACCUGGAUGAUUCUCGUAAAGUUUUUGAUGAAAUAGAUGUUCCGGAUUUAGUUACAUGGACAGCGAUAGUUGAUGGAUAUGCUCAGCAUGGAAGCAGUCAGGAUGCUUUGGCGAUGUUUGAUUUGAUGAUUAGAUGUGGGGUAAAACCAGACACUGUCAUACUUGUGAGUGUUUUGUCUGCUUGUGGCCGAAAUGGUUUGGUUGAAGAAGGGUUCAAACAUUUUAAUUCAAUGAGAACUGUGUAUGGGGUUGAGCCAGUGUUGCACCACUACUGCUGUAUAGUUGAUUUACUUGGUAGAUCUGGGAGGCUUGUAGAGGCAAAAAGUUUUAUUGAGAGUAUGCCUGUGAAACCUGAUUCAAUGGUGUGGAGCACACUGCUUGCUGCUUGCAGAGUUCAUGAUGAUGCUGUACUUGGACGUUUUGUAGAAAAUAAGAUCCGUGAAGAAAAUUGUGAUUCAGGGUGUUUUGCUGCUAUGUCAAACAUUCGAGCAAAUUCUGGAGACUGGGAAGGUGUAAUGGAAAUAAGAAAAUCAGUCAAGGAUGUGAAGAAAGAACCUGGAUGGAGUUUAUUGGAAGAAUAA